AAAAUUACCACACCACGCCCAAUACAACCAUGCCGACCUUUCAACAUGCCAGCCACGCUUCGUAUACGCAGCGGCCCGAACGUCCCAAGAUAUGGCGAUGGAUAUGCUGCAUGUGCAACGGCGACAACAGCUGCAAGACGGACAUUGGAUGUGCCAAUUGCAACAACCACUGGCGCGAUAACAGGUGCACGGUAUACGAGGCAGAUCCUCGCCAACGAAUGGCCAACUAGUUGUCACAAUUCUUACGGCGCACCGGAAUUUGACUUCAGACGGGCUUUUUGGCUAUGUCGAACUGAUUGCCUGGAGUUUUCUGUAGAUGCAUGGCUUUCCUAGAAUGUUUUUUCUUUGGGCAUCUUUCUACAUGUCUCAUUACUAGGUAUUCUGUGUAUGUUGUGUCCCCUCGUUUUCAUUGUUACAGUUUUUGUUUUGGAUGUCUCUUUACUGGAUGCAUGGCGCUGGUGUCUUGAUGGACUCUUAGUAACAAAUCACGGGUACAUU